UUUCUUCUUCUUUGAAAGCCCUCUGUUCUCGGAAGCACCGUAUGGUAAUUUUUCAUUUUCUUCCCAAAUAUUUAUAUGGCAGAAGAAAGUGGUCACAGUUCCUCCAGUUUUCAGCCACCAGUUUUCUCCCGAUCCAAUUCCGAAAAUUCCAGACUCUUUUCAGCCCCAACAAAACCCAUAAAGCAAUUUUAGCGUCUAUUGAAUUUCUACUUUUGCGGGUCUUCUAUCACUAUUUGGUCAACACUAACCACCUAUAUAUAUAUAAUUCUCAAUUGGGUUUUCUUUUCAACUAAUCAGAUUCGUGCUUUGCCCCAUUAAAUUAUUUCUUCCCCCCUUCAUCCGAUUUAUUGUUUGAAGAUCAAAGUCUCGUCAUCGUUUCGGAUCGUGAUGGCUACAACUGGUAGUAACAUUGACAGUAGCAAGGUGAAGAUCGUCCAUGGCGAUGCUGGCUACGUUCUUGAAGAUGUUCCCCAUUUCUCCGACUAUAUUUCCGAUCUGCCUACGUAUUCCAAUCCAUUGCAAGACAAUCCUGCGUACUCUGUAGUCAAGCAGUAUUUUGUGCAUGUUGAUGAUACCGUUCCUCAGAAGAUUGUUGUUCACAAAAGUAGUCCAAGAGGAAUACAUUUUAGGCGUGCUGGCCCACGCCAACGGGUAUACUUUCAGUCAGAUGAGGUUCAUGCCUGUAUUGUGACAUGUGGCGGUCUUUGCCCCGGACUCAACACUGUGAUCAGGGAGCUAGUAUGUGGCUUAUACAAUAUGUAUGGUGUCAAGAAGGUUCUGGGAAUUGAAGGUGGAUAUAGGGGUUUCUAUUCUAAGAAUACCAUCCAUUUGACUCCAAAGUUUGUGAAUGAUAUUCAUAAACGUGGUGGAACUGUCAUUGGGACAUCACGAGGUGGUCAUGAUACCUCAAAGAUAGUUGACAGUAUUCAAGAUCGUGGCAUCAAUCAGGUUUAUAUAAUUGGUGGAGAUGGAACUCAGAAGGGAGCAGCUGCUAUAUAUGAGGAAGUCAGAAGGAGAGGGCUCAAAGUUGCAGUUGUUGGGAUCCCGAAAACCAUCGAUAAUGACAUCCCGAUCAUUGACAAGUCCUUCGGCUUUGAUACUGCUGUUGAAGAGGCUCAGCGUGCUAUAAAUGCAGCCCAUGUUGAAGCCGAAAGUAUGGAGAAUGGUAUAGGGCUCGUGAAGUUGAUGGGUCGCUAUUGUGGGUUCAUAGCGAUGUAUGCAACUCUUGCAAGCAGGGACGUUGACUGUUGCUUAAUUCCAGAGUCACCCUUCUAUCUUGAAGGAGCCGGUGGACUUUAUGAAUACAUAGCAAGAUGUCUCAAAGACAAUGGACACAUGGUCAUUGUCAUUGCAGAAGGAGCUGGCCAGGAGCUGCUUUCUGGAAGCCUCGAUUCCGAUAAGCAGGAUGCUUCUGGAAAUAAGCUUCUUCAAGAUGUUGGGCUAUGGCUAUCACAGAGAAUCAAGGAUCAUUUUUCAAAAGAACAUAAGAUGACCAUAAACCUCAAAUAUAUUGAUCCAACAUAUAUGAUCCGAGCUAUCCCAAGUAAUGCCUCUGACAAUGUUUACUGCACUCUGCUUGCUCAAAGUGCCGUACAUGGAGCAAUGGCUGGCUAUACCGGCUAUACUAGCGGCCUUGUUAAUGGAAGACAGACAUACAUUCCCUUCUACCGAAUUACAGAUAAGCAGAACAAAGUUGUGAUAACUGACAGAAUGUGGGCAAGGCUUCUAUCAUCGACGAACCAGCCUAGCUUUUUGACUGCGAAAGACGUAACUGAGGAGAAGAAAGAGGAAGAGACGUUGAUCCAGAUGAACCAGUUAAGCAAUAACACCGAGGACGAAACGGUGAGCAAUCCUAGUGUAAAGUAGUUGAACUCUAUUGUAUGAAGAAUUUGAAAGAUGGGUGUGUUGUAAGUUAAGCUAAGCUAAGGCUGUUAUUUUUGGGCCUUUCAGUUCUUCUCUCUAGCAAUUGCUGAAGUCCUAAACCACUUGUGAAGAAGCUGUUCUUUAUGGAGUUCUUUAUUUAUCCUGAGUUUGUUGUAGUCUAAUUAUAGAGUGAAAAUCUAUAAUCCAUAUCUAAGAAGGGAUCCUCCCAUGGUCUUGGAUUUUUAGGAAAAGAUAGAUCUCUCUAAUCUUGAAUAUAUAUCAGAUAGUAGUUGGGGUCAUCCUUUGGUCUUUGGAUGAAAUGAGUCAUUGUUGUAUGCAAUUUUGUUUUUUUUUCUUAAAUAAAAUAUUUCAUUUUUGUCGUAUA